UCGGCGCGCCCCAUCCCUUGUCGUUGUUCGCGACGCCGCGAAUGAUAGAGCAACCACCCUCGCUGGCCACCCAACCACGCGGCAGGGUGGCCCUCCUCCUCUCCGCUGCGCUUUUUUCGGCGCUGCUCGUGCUGUUUGCCGGCCGGGCUGCGGCUCUAGCUGCGCUCAUCUCGAGCAGCGCCCGCGAGGCGGGCGAUGCCACAAGCUGGUAUCCGGGGAAGGAGGCGAAAAGCUGGUACCCGGGCAAGUACGCGGCGCUGACCGCGCGGACCACCUCCAGCCUACCCACGAUGCCGUCCCGGCUCGAGUCGUUCAACCAGUGCGUCUCCCUGCAGCACGCCUACUUCCUCAAGCUGGCGAUCAACGACAUGCUUGCGACGACCCUCUGGAGCGACCUUGACCCCGGCACUGCCGACGCGAGCAUCGGCCUCGAGCCGCAGGCGGAGCCCACGGAGAUCACCGGCCCGCCGGUAGGCAAGGCGUGUGCUCUCGCCUGCGCAGGCGAGAUUGGCGGAGAUCUGCGCUCCGACUGGCCGGGCGCCAUCUGGAGCCUGGGCGGCUGGAUCGGGGCGGGAAACCUGACGGCGCUCGGGUCCUCCCUUGGGUCGGCGCUGGGCGGCUCACGCUGCCGCGAGGUGACGCGCGCCCCACCCGGCCUUCGGCCUCACGGCUCACGAACCAUUCGCGACUCACAAGCUCACUCGACAGGUGCACACUCCGCCAUUCAAUGAGCACUGCACUCCUCUCGUAAAACACCACCCGCUCGCCUUUAAUGACUUGGUGACUGACUGGCUGUGGCGGGGCGGCGGGGG